AUGCUUGAUUUUGAGUUGGAUAAUUGUUUUGAAUUUGAAUUAAUGGAGGUUAUUAACUGUUGGGGAGGCAAUGAGCAUCACAGGUUGUUUACUUAUUGGUUACUUUCUCUGCAACAGUCAUUUCCAGAUGAAAUUCUUGACCUGGACAGAUCAGUACGUACUCUUGACUUAACACACAACAAAAUAGUUGACAUUCCUGUGGAAAUUAGCAAAUUAGUAAACCUGCAGCGACUGGUCUUAGCUCAUAACCUCAUUGACAGACUACCGAUAAAUUUGGCAAAACUAGAGUCUCUAAAAGUUAUGACACUUGAUGCAAAUCGAGUGACUUCCUUACCUGAUGAAUUGGGACAGCUGGUGAGACUUGAGCAGUUAUCCAUCUCUGGAAAUUCCUUACAAUAUUUGCCUGAGACUAUUGGAAGCUUGCGCAAUUUAAAGCUUUUAAAUGUAUCGAACAACAAAUUAAAGUCUCUUCCAGAAUCCAUCGGUAGUUGCUUCUCUCUGGAAGAAUUACAAGCAGAUGAUAAUUCAAUUGAAGAUCUUCCUGAAUCAGUCUGCAACCUUGUCCACUUAAAGGCACUUUGCUUAAACAAUAAUAAUGUGAAGCAGAUACCUACUAAUCUGUUGAAAGACUGUAAAGCUCUGCAGAAUAUUUCCCUGCAUGGAAACCCUAUAUCAAUGGAUCAGUUUCAGCAGAUGGAAGGAUUCCAAGAGUUUGAAGCAAGGAGGAAGAAGAAGUUCGACAAACAAAUUGACUCAAAUGUGAUGAUCAGUUCCAAAGGCCUUGAUGAGGGUGUCGAUCAUUGA